AUGUAAAGACUUUCAUUAAAGCAAUUUUUAAUUAAUACUCACUUGUAAUAAAGGCAAAUUUAAAUUUUGGUAAGUAAUACUUUUGCAGCACAAGUCCUACAUAUAAAGAUUUAAGGAUACAAUUAUCCAAUUGGCCUCUAAAAGUGUACUACCUUAAUAUGAGUACUAUAAAAAAUAAUACAUUUUUUAAAGGAAAAUGAUUGGUUAACUAAAAAAAUUUGUUAGCUUAUUAAAAACUGACUGAAAAUAGAUUUACAAAAGAAUAUCCAUCUUCAUUAAAAGGACUUACAUAAUAUUAAAUAUAUUUUA